AUGGGCCUCUUCAACUGGUUCAAGUCUUCCAAGCAGGAGGACACCACCCGACAACCUACUUGGGAUCCAAACACCAUGGUCAUGAGCCAGCCCUCCAGGCCUUCAGCCCCCACAGCUGAGCGUGUCGUGACUCAGAAACCGAAUUCGCAGAAAGACAUGCAAAUGAACCUGCGCGGUGGUGCCGGUGCUGGGGACAUUUGCUGCGGAGUCUGUACUGGACUUCUGUGCUUCGAAUGCUGCGAGGACUGCUGCUAG